AGAUUGGAUGUGUUAGCUGAUGUGCCGUUCUGUCUAUCUUUGAAAGUCAGUUUAGGUUUUACAAAACAAACCCAACCGAAAGGAGGGCAUGCCAUAUGAACAGGAUCAUCGACAAAAUAGAGAAUGACAAAAGUUCAAGCACAGGAGCUGCACAAAUAGCACACAACAGUGCGAUCUGCAGGAACCAGCAUGAGUUCCAGCACAUGCCAGCUAAAAAUUCGACUGACAUGGAUCCUCCCAGACAGUGAGCAGAACAGUGACAGAUUUCUCUGUGCAUAUCACGAUUAUUUCGAAAGGCACGUCGCUGAACUAAACAAGGGUGAAACAUAUGAGAUAGGAGACGUUCAAAGAAAGCCACGCAAGAACUUCUACGAGGAGCAGACAUACUUUGCAGACGCAGUCUUAAACGCUGGUGGCGUCGAAUGGUUUGGAGCACACAGUCGUUUUGCACGACUAGGAGAAAGUUGGUGUGACCUGGGAAGGCAGAACAAAGGUGUUUUCCAAUGGCUGACUCCACUUGAUAACGAAGCAUUUCCACGGUCACGCCACCCAACAGAUUGGGAAGUCAACCUGUCUUCUUUGACAUUUGGCACGUUGUAUGGCUUGGAUGGAUUUAUUGAGCACCAGAAGUUCACAAGGAAGCCAACAGACGGUCAUCGUGAUUACAGGCUCACUGCCCGCUUCCAGCAUGACCAAAAAGUGUUGUAUUUGGACUUGCAUCUCAAUCACAAGGACUGCAGUGAGACAGUGUCGAACUACCGCUUUGUCACUGCCUACCAGAACAUUCUUAAGGUCCUCGUAUGCAAAAAGAAAAACAGCACAGAAAUUUUCUUCCAUCUCAAGAGUCCCGCCAUGCUGAUGGGUGAAGCACCAUGCUUCGAAGAUAACUCGAAGUCUGGCAAGAUCCGCUGGGAACGUUACCUCACCCUGGGGUGCCGUUGCAUCGGUGGGAAAGUUGACGUUCGCUCUCUCUGUGGCGGGUUGGUCGUGAAGCUUUCGCUCAGGGACGGCCCAUUGGCUCACAGGCUCCUGGGGAGGCUUUCGCAACGGUGUGCCGUCGCGAUCCACUUCUGUCCCGUGCGAACCCUCGCGUGCGAUACGGCCCGAGCUCGGGCCGUCCACGAAGGUUGCGAGGCAAUGCAGCGCCAGCUGCCUUUCCCCUGCGCGUAUGCUUUUAAAUCUGUACUCCUCAUCACGUUUGAUGUCCUUGAUCAGAUGUCCCUGCUUCCCGAGGACAAGUUUGGAAUGCUGAUGGAAUCCCUGCCCAACCGAGCUCUCCAAAGCUCUGUUGCCCUCGAGCGUGCAUUGAGUCACAUCAUGACGAGCAUAGAUGCUGGAAAUGUGGUUUUGUUCCACCAUGCGAUUGAGGCCACCUUCAACCAUUUUCUUGCUGCCCCACCGGCUCCUCUAGCUCGGGGGACUUGCCUUGUCCGAAGCAUUUUCAUCACCCCUGGUCGUCUCAUCUUGCGCCCGCUGCAGAUCCACUUUGAGAACCGCGUCCUGCGCGAGUUCAACGCGGAGUAUGCGUUGAGGGCGUCUUUCCGGGACGAUAACUUGUCUAAGUUGUCCUUCACGCUCCAUCUCCAUUCGUCGCGCGAUGCCAUCCUUGAUGUGAUAGUUGGCCGAAUGAUGCGCGACGGUUUGAAGGUUGGAUUCCGGGUUUUCAAGUUCCUCGCAGCAUCCCCGAGUCAACUGCGCGACCACGGCGCAUGGAUGUACGCUGAGGACGAACAUUCCAACUCUGCGUCAACCAUUCGGACCUGGAUGGGACAUUUCGAAGACAUUCGUAAUGUGGCAAAGCGGAUGGCACGAAUGGGUCAGUGCUUCUCGUCGACGGAACAGGCAGUCUACGUUCCUGGGUCUCAGGUGAAGGAAGUCCCGGAUGUUGUUGGUGGGACCCAUCCCAUCAGCAAGAAGCCAUACGUGUUCUCAGACGGCGUCGGCAUGAUGUCAGUUGCACUCGCGAAAGAGGUCUACAAGGAACUGAAGCUGCAGGAGGAACCGUCAGCCCUUCAGAUUCGAUACGCUGGUGCAAAGGGCAUGCUCUGCAUCAAUCCUGAACUGCCUGACACAAAAUUGCUGUGCUUGCGUCCCAGUAUGAAGAAGUUUCCUUGCACUAAUUCCCGCUAUUUGGAAGUCAUCAAGGUCUCUGCCCCAAGAGUUGUUACUCUGAACAGACCACUGAUUACGAUUCUGGAGCAGCUCGGCGUUUCUGUGGAAGUAUUCCUGCGGCUACAAGAAGACAUGAUUCUUGAAUAUACAGAUGCAUUAGUAUCCGAGAAGAAUGCCAUUGAGAUGUUGAGCACCAUGGCCAAGCUUCCACUACCUUUCCGAGACCUUUCACACGCUGGGUAUAUGCUAACUCAAGAUCCAUUCUUUCGGUCAAUGUUGCUUGCAGUAUACAAGAGUGCCGUAGCUGGUCUACGCUACAAAACUCGGAUCGCUCUGCCGGUCAACAGGGCACGCAACAUGCUGGGAGUCAUGGACACCACUAACACUCUCGAGUACGGCCAAGUAUUUGUGCAGUACACCGAGAUGGGUUCUCACGUGACGGAGCCAGCUCCGAAACAUGUUGUCUCUGGAACGGUUGUGGUCACCAAGUGCCCGUGUUUGCAUCCUGGUGAUGUGAGGCGGCUCACAGCAGUUGAUGUUCCGAGGCUGCAUCAUGUUGUCGACUGCGUCGUGUUUCCGGCAAAGGGCCCCAGGCCACAUCCCGAUGAAAUGGCAGGAUCUGACCUUGAUGGUGACGAGUAUGUAGUCAUAUGGGAUGCUAGGCUGUCCUUUCCCAGUAAUAAAAAGCCGAUGAACUUCUCUGACCGAAAUGUGCAACAGCGCAACGGAGAGAUAACGAUUGACGACAUGAUCAAAUUCCUGUGCGACUACAUAAAAAACGAUGCCAUUGGUGUCCUCUCCAACGCUCACCUAGCGUGGGCCGAUCAAGAACCUGACGGGAUUUACUCGCCGCGCUGCUUGUCGAUUGCGGAGAAAGUGAGCACGUGCCUAGACUUCGCGAAGACGGGCAGAACGGCGUUUCUCCGCCGGGACGAGCGUCCCGUCAUGUACCCGGACUUCAUGGAAAAGGGUGACCACAAGAUGAGUUACCGUUCCAAUCGUGCGCUGGGUCAGCUGUACCGUGCCUGCCGGUCUCUCGAAGCAGCCGUGGGAAUGUCGGGCCGGUGCCACACCGGGAGCGUCGCCGCGCUUGAGGUGCCCGGUUGGGAGCGCUACCGCAGUUCCGCAAAUGCGGCGCUGGAACAGUACAACUUCCAGCUGAGCAGGAUACUCCGACAGUACGGCAUGAACUCUGAAGGCGAGGCUAUGGCUGGUGCGAUAAAUUUGUUCGAUCAUUACCACAACGCAACGACGGAUAAGCUGAACAUGGAAGACCUGGUUGAGAAACUGACGAGGUUCAUAAAAGAGACAACGCGGAACGUGUUCUUUGAUGAACUCAAAGCUGAACUCGAAAAAGAAGGGGUCUGUCCAGGUGGUGAGCAGGUGCUGAGAAAGUUCCAGAAAGCGUCGGCAUGGUACAUGGCGGUGUAUGGGAAGGAUGCUGUGGAAACCACUUACUACAGCUUUCCCUGGUGCAUCUCGGAUGUUUUAGUAGAAAUCUUACAAUUUUCUGACACGAACGCAGGACAACACUACAACAACACAUUGGCCAAAUUGGUGGACGAGAUGCUCGCAAACAACUAUGACGACGUUUGCGCUCGGUGGGACGACAAGGUUGAGUUAAAGCCGAACGGUGUGGUGAUCACUAAACCGGCUGAGGAUGCUCUCAAGUUGAUCAAAAUGUGGCUGAAGAAGGAAGCCCUGCUCCGAGGAGACGAAAGCAGCGAGAGCGCAAGACCAGUACUUUGCGAGGAGUGCAUUGGAACCGUCUUUCUGGACUUCCUGACAAACUCCACAAUGAAACCAGAAUCGCCAAAGAUAUUUCCCGACUGCAGUGGCAACGCUACGCCGAAGGAAGCAGUAGGCAUGACAACGGGAACCACAUUUGUCCACUUUCUGCACUGGUGUACGGACCACCAAGAGCUACCGAAACAAGCGUGCAGAAAAGACGUGUGCGCGGGCGGCGGCUACACCGGCGAAACGCAAAGUCACCACCUGCCGAUGGUGGCGCUGCGGGCGUACAGUACCGCGGCCGUGUCGCUCGAUCUCUGUCAUUUUGGUCUGCCGUGCGAUCCUGUGCUCCACGAACUGAAUCAGCUGGUGACGGAAAGUGAACCGGUCCGGAUUCCUAUCAAGGAGGAGACCAUGUACAAGAAGAUAAUCGGAAACCUGGAAGGUGUUAAGGAGCUCCUGCUUCGGUGGACCGGAGUGGAGGACCUCUACAUAAGUGGGCACGAAGAGCCCCACCAGCGAUACCUGGUCGUCACUUCAACGGGGAGAGACUGGCAGAGGUGGUUUCUGGAGGAACUGCUCUUGCAGCCGUGGCUUCCCGAAGCCAUCGAGAAGGGGAGCUUGGACGCAUUUUUGAAGCCAAAGAUUGCCGUGGGUGAAAGCUAAGGGAUGUAAUGUGAUAGCUGGACAUUUGUUGUUGUAACAUUUGGUCACAUUUUUAAUGUCGUUUUCUCAGUGUUGCAUGAAUUUUACACUACGGUUACUAAAUGAUCAAUGGGUGCUCUCGUUGUGAACAUUGCUAUGAACUGUACAUGUUAUGUUUCUGGAAGCCAGUGGGAGGCAACGCCCCACCCCCACCCCCCGUAAUGGUGCCCAUGACCGUGAUCACUAGCUCAUGCGCAAUGCCAGAGUUCUGCGUGCAGGCUCUCAGAUGCAUUACACUUACUAAGCACACUGCCAUCACUGUUGCCAUGGCCUUUUUAACGCUUCACUGUUAUGCAGAAUGGAUCAUCAUUGUCCCCCCCCCCGUGCCUCAUUCGCAUUACUGCAUUAUGACAUAGUUCUGUAUUUUGGAUUGGAUUAUGGAACCGAUAUCCUGUAAAACCUUAAUUAUUUGUGAACCAUAUAUUUUUGCAAUUUGAAAAAUUUUAGGGGCACACAAAAAUGUCUAGCAAGAUUGCCCACUUCAGAAACUAUGCUGGAAUCACAAACUUUAUCUUCACAGUUAGUUGCAGAGGUUGCUGGUAAGCAUUUGAACAGCUUCACAGCACAAACAUGUGCAAUGUUGCGUUCACAAAAUGUGCUUUGUGCUUAUCAUGAAGUAAGCCAAAUAAGCCACGAAUUUUAGCACCUAGAAUUUGCAAAAUUUAGUGCCGGCAAAUACUUAACCUGUAUCCAAUCCAUGAAAGACUGAUGUUGCAAAAUUUAAGGGUUUUACAGUACAUAAAGCUAUGUGAGGGAAGUAUCUGAGAAUGGUUACAAUAUAGUAAUGGAUGUAACUGAUGCACAGGCACAUAUGCUCAUCAGCUGUAACUGAAUUUUUAACUGUCUAAACAAAAUCUAUCAAGGUGUCGGCACCCAGAUAUGCAUUGUCCACAAGUGAAUGCUUUUACAGUUAUGUGGGCGCGGUGCUUCUUUGAUAACAUCUUUUAGACGAGGCACAUUUUCACUACUCCCAUGGGCUUGUGGUACUUCGUACUUGACAGGGAUACCCAUUUGGAAGACUGCUUACAAACGAUGUAAUAAUUUGUGGCUUUAUGAUGCAAGACAAUGUAUUCUCAAUUUAGAGAUUUGUUCUCCUCAAAAAGUGGAUGUCACCUUAUCAGAUUUUUUCUUGUUGGAUAGUGGAAUAUGUAUGAAAGCUGGAUAGCAGGACCUAGAUCAUAAUGACCAGUACAAUGCAGUGAUGCUACAACAGUAAACUGGAUGCACACAAGCAGGCUGGGUCUCCUGUACUUGAGCCAAGACCCAAAUGGCUACGAGGAGCCAGAUAUAUGAGAUGUACUGAUGCAAUUACUCGAGAGAAGUACAGGAAGCACGAGAGUCUAGUUUCAACUGUAAUUUACGUUUGCCAUCGGGGCCUUGCUGAGCUUAAUCACCUUUACUAAAGUAUACUACUUCUCCUCCGUCCUGUUCAAAGCAUGAGUAAAAAAAAACUCCUGGAUAGAUCAUUGUGCUCCAGUCAUGCAAGAUAAAUGCUGAAGUAUAUGUGCAGGGCUCAAAUCUUAUUUGUACUGCUACAGCCAAAUCCCUGAAGCCUGAUUUUGAAUAGUAGUAUCUGUAGGUAUAUGUAAGUUAGUGCACAGCCUAUUGAAGUAAGCAGGCAAUAAUUCAAUUUUAUUUAUUUGCUAAUGUGUUUUCAGUGAAUGCCCAAACAGUGCCUCUUCUCAGGGCUACUAUGCUACAAUUUUGCUAUAUUCGGAAUACAGCUUCUCUGCCCAUGUCAUGCUUAAAAUUAUAAGACACCUGUGUGAACACCUGCUGUAAAUUGCACUACAUCCCGGAUGUUAUUCAUUGUAAAACCUGCCGAGCUUGGUCAGUGGACCUGUCUAACACCACCUGAAGCAGGGUAGGCAUAGGCAGUGCGCCCUGAAGACUAGGGAAGCGUUACCACCUUCCCGAUUUGCUACUUAAUACGAUUGUUCCCACAAUGUACUUAUGUUAUGUAGUCCAGUCUCAUAUUGUGAUAUCUACAGGCGUUGUACAAUAAGUAUUCCACAUGACCUUGCCUUUGAGCAUGUGGUGUCAUAGCUAGUCUGGAUGCAAUGUAUUCACUAUGUAUUGCUAGUUUAUUUGCCUUACUAACAUUACCCAAGUGCCAAAGCUGUUAUUCUUGUGAUAUUUGCAGCAUUAUAACAAAGAUGAUAUGCAUGCCAUCCACAAUAGAAUUCUUGUUGCAAUUAUUUGUUUUAACCAUAUAUGCUCUAUACGUGGUAAAAGCAGUUAUAAUACAUUGGACUGUCACAAUAUUGCAACACUGUCACCAAAUAGCUUUCAUGCACAGGUGGUGAUGGUUUGUCAAAUUUUUGCCACCUUGUGCAAUGAAGAGGCUCUGCCAAAACAUGUUUUGCCUUGGCCACUUUAUUUGCGCAUAAAGUGACAAGGAAGAUCUGUAUUUUCAAGCUACACCUGCUUCUAUGGGCAGUGCUUCUCAGGAACUCCGGCGGCCGUCCCCGAUUCGUUUCCUUGACACAAUCAACCAUUUAGCAAUUUCCAGUGAUUACUCUCCAUCUGAGUUGUUUGCUGAACCAUUCUUAGUGUACAGAGGCAAAUAUAUUUAGAGCCUGAAGUUUUAGGGUUUUACUCGAUUCUUCCCCGAAUUGAAGGUUGACACUGUAGGGUGAAACCCCAUAUUUAACCAGCAAAUUGCCUUCACUGCGACGUAUGUAGGAAUGCAAUAACUUACUUGUUUGGCAGCAAAUGCAGUUACAUCACCGUUUGUACCAAACCAGUACAGUUCGUUUGUAAUAGAGCCCGUUUUCUCUCAAAAUUUUAGUGUACUGGAAGUUUUUUUCACCCGAAUUCGCAUGAAUUUAGUGUGCAUGUUUAUUUACCCGAUUUUUACACCCCAAAUUUAGAAAUAAAUAUUUCCCGAAAACUUCAGGCUCUAAUUAUAUAUUGCUGGAGACACUGUGGAAAACUAGAACUUUGUCUCCAUGUUUUAUGCUGAGUGCAUUGUAUUUCAUUUUCACCUUUGCCUAAUAAGUGUGUGAGUGUGCACAAUGUUUUCUUCAGGGUUUUAACCGAAGUGACGGUGAUGCAAAUCAGAGGGGUAAGAGUCGGGUGGCUUAUGUUGGGGUUUUUACCAAAGCACAAGGCUCUAUGCACAACGCAUGUAGUUAAGGUUGUUUAUGUUAAGUAUGAAAGGUACUUUGAAACAAUGCUAUUAUUCUUUUCGUGUAAGGGUGUGUUGCCCUGUAUAUUUAGUACAAAAUGUCCCUGUACCCUUCCAAAUAAAAAUAAAAUAUCAAGAGUCUGCUGCAAGGAAACUGUUCUGGCAUAGCAGAAAUGCAUGUGUUGUUAAAAAGCCUCAGAAGUGCCUUAGUCAGAAAUGUACUCAUUAUGCAAUGGAAAUAUUCGUGACCACACACAAUUCAGUGAAAGAAAUGUUAUCCAAGACUUAUUUACACUAUAUGUAAAACUAGUUAUUUUUUUGAAUAAAGACUACUUAAACAACGGA